AUGGACGACCUGCUGGGGACCUGCCUGAGCCAAGUCCAAGACGGGACGCACCAGAAGCAGUGUGCAGCCAUAGGCCUCCCACAGGACUCUCUGGGGAUCACAGACGGCUACGUGAAGGUCCACUUCCGCUCUGAGCUCCUGGGUCAGACAGAGGUGCGCAUAGAUGAGGCAAACCCCUGGUGGAGAGAGGAGUUCAUCUACGUCGACCCCAAGCCCUCAGACCCCCUCACUCUGGAGGUCCACGACAAUGACAACAUCUGGGACGACCUGGUAGGGAUCUGCACCACCCUGGUCCAGAGGGGGACGCACCGGAACGGGUGUGUGUUAGAGGAGGGGGGGAUGCUCUUCUACGACUACACACUGAGCUAG